AGAAGUGGAGAAACAAUGAAUAAAUCUAGAAGUGCGGGUGCUUCGUCACCUGCGAAUGGAAGACAAGACUGGGAUAGCAGACGGAAGAGGAAAGUUGCGGACAUCACACAGGCCCUCCGUGUGAGUCCAGUCGAUGUCUCUGCUUUAAGGAGGAUGGCUAUCAGUGAAGGAGGACUGCUGACUGAUGAGAUACGCUGUCAAGUCUGGCCUCGGCUUCUCAACGUCCCUCCUCACGUCUUGGAACAAGAGCCAGAAAAGGUAGAGCGAGAGAAUAACAAGGACUACAACCAGGUACUUCUGGAUGUCCAGCGCUCGCUGCGGAGGUUCCCACCUGGUAUGCCAGAUGAGCAGAGGGAGGGUCUCCAGGAAGAACUAAUUGACAUUAUCCUUGUAGUUCUUAAGCGCAAUCCCCAGCUACACUACUACCAAGGAUACCAUGACAUUGUUGUCACCUUCUUAUUGGUCCUUGGAGAGCGCAUUGCAACUGCUCUUGUGGAAAAGCUCUCCACGCAUCACCUCAGGGACUUCAUGGAUCCUACCAUGGACAACACCAAACACAUUCUUAACUAUUUGAUGCCCAUCAUCGAGAGGGUUAACCCUGAGGUGCACGACUUCAUGCAACAGGCUGAGGUGGGGACAGUCUUCGCUCUUAGUUGGCUGAUCACCUGGUUUGGCCACGUCCUGUCAGACUUCCGCCAUGUUGUCCGGUUGUAUGACUUCUUCCUGGCCUGCCAUCCAUUGAUGCCCAUCUACUUUGCUGCUGUGAUCGUACUGUACAGGGAAGAGGAGGUGUUAGAGUGUGAAUGUGAUAUGGCUAUGGUUCAUCACCUGCUGUCUCAGAUUCCUCAGGAUCUGCCAUAUGAAACGCUCAUCAGCCGAGCCGGAGACCUCUUCGUCCAGUUCCCUCCCUCUGAAAUGGCCAGAGAAGUUGCCUCGCAUGACAGCAUGGCUGCCUCUACCUUUAAGGACUUUGACCUUGCGUCCACUCAACAGCGACCAGACUCUGUCCUCCGUCGCCGACGCAAGCAGAAACAGGCCGCACUGGAGAGAUCGGCGGCGAACGCAGUAGUGACGGUGAACCGACCUUCAGUCUCACGGCGGUUUGUUCGACUGGCUGUCAUGGGGCUCACGGUGGCUUUAGGGGCGGCUGCUCUCGCUGUGGUCAACAGCGCCCUGGAGUGGGCACCAAAACUGGACUUGUUUCCCUGAGCUGCUCCUCUUUCACCUCCUACACACUAAACAUAUAUGUCCAUGACUGAAUCUAGCUGGUGGUUUUGUUUCCAAGAAACUUUAAUCCGUGAAACCAGAACCCACGCAGUCGAUAACACUGUCUACAGUGUACUCUCUAAACCGACUCCUGAAGAGCACGCACCAGCAGCACCGCUGGUGUUCUCGAAGUAAGCGUUCAUCGUGUUAUAAUGAAGAGACUCUUUUUAUAAGAACUAUUACCGAUAGUGUCAUUGUUAAAAGUUUAUUUAUAUUUGGUAAUAGGAUAAUCUGAUAUAUGCUGAAAUAUUGGGGGGGACUCGCUACACUUGAAACUGCUGCCAAUUAAUAUAGAGCUGGAGUGAAUGUACGAGAGUGUGUGUGUGUGUGUGUGUGUGUGUGUGUGUGUGUGUGUGUGUGUGUGUGUGUGUGUGUGUGUGUGUGUGUGUGUGUGUGUGUGUGUGUGUGUGUGUGUGUGUGUGU